AUGCAGAUUAGUUACAAACUCAACAAUGCGGAAAAUGCGGUAUACACCAGCAACAUCAUUAGCAACAACAUCAACACCAGGAACAUUAAUGACAGCACUAGCAACAGUGUCAGCAACGACAUCAAAGAAAACCCCAGUAACAUUACCAACAACAGUACCAAAAAAAGUAAAGUCGCUGGGACUGCCGAUGUAACAGCAACUCCUCCUGCAAUUUAUAGAGACAUUAAUAAGCUGUUAGCUCUAGCUAACAAUUACACAGAGGAUACUGAUUCGAAUAGUCAUUUGUUAUCCCCUGAACAAUUGGAUCAAGUUUCUAGCGCCGGAAUAUUCAACAUGGAAGUUUUGCAGGCAGAGCUACUGAAUGCUGAGACUCGUCGAGAUUUGAACGUCAACAACUUGUUGAAAUACGCCAACGAGGAAAAGCAAAUUCUCCAGCAAGAAGUGUUAUGCAAGAUACCCACCUCUGAAUCUCCACCCCCUCCAUUAUUUUCACCUCAAAACGGAUUUCCACAAUUCGUUGACACUGGGUUAAUCAGUGGUGCCUUGUAA